UCGGGAAGCCGAUCCUCAGCAGCCGGACCCCUUCCAGGCCAGGACGACUGGCGAUUGCUCCGCGCCGUGAGUUUGCUUUGGGUCUUCCCCCAACCCCACUGCACUUGGGCGCGCGGGAGGAAGGGAAGGUGCAUUCAGGAGUGGCUCUCCUUGCUGCCAGUCUCCUGCGGCGGGCUCUGGUGGCCCGGGCUGGGUGGGGGCGGGGAAGGGUUCGGGAAUCCGCGUACUGUAGUUUGCUGCAGGGAGGGUUGCAACACAUCUGCCUUUUGAAAUAACUUUCCGAGCGCAGGCCCGGUCCUCGAACCUGGGUCGCCGGGACUGCGCUGCGGAGCAGGUGACUGGGUCCAAGAACGUGAUUGGGGGCUUCUGAGCAGAAAAGGCCUCGAGAGUGGAUGGGGCAGGGGUCAAACCACAGCUUGCAGCUGCGGUUCCCGAGGCUGCUAGGCGAGCCUGUGCCCAGGCGCUCGUCCAUCGCUGCCGCGCAGCCGGCAGAGAAGAUCCAGAAGGUCCCCGCGGACGAGUCCCGAACACAGGCGCGGGGGCGCGGAGCCGGUCUUCUCCUUUAAGAGGCCCCACCGACUUUUCAUAAUCGAUAGUUAUUAAAGCAAUAAGUGGAAAUAGGUGGAUGCUUACUUAGGGAAGAAAAAAAAAAUGAAUGUCCUCCCCCGCCACUCCCUGAUACUGAGCAACAGGAGGAAGCCACCCACAGCCGUGGGUCGACUUGCCGCCGGGCUCUGCCCACCUCCACUGGCCCGCUCCGCCCCCCACCCACGGGUCUACGCACCUGGGACCGGCUCGCCCUCCGCACGUGCCCACGGCUCCCGGCGCUCGUGCAGCUCUGAAGGUCCUGAUGUUUUUAGUUCAAAGAGUCUUGCUCUUCAAGCCCAGAAGAAGAUUCUGAGCAAAAUAGCCAGCAAAACUGUGGCCAACAUGUUGAUUGAUGACACCAGCAGUGAGAUCUUUGAUGAGCUCUACAAAGUCACCAAAGAGCACACUCACAACAAGAAGGAAGCCCACAAGAUCAUGAAAGACUUAAUCAAGGUGGCGAUCAAAAUCGGGAUCCUCUACCGAAACAACCAGUUUAGCCAAGAGGAGCUUGUUAUUGUGGAGAAGUUCCGGAAGAAGCUGAACCAGACCGCCAUGACCAUCGUCAGCUUCUAUGAGGUGGAAUACACCUUCGAUAGGAACGUGCUCUCCAAUCUCCUGCAUGAGUGCAAGGACCUGGUACAUGAACUGGUGCAGCGGCACCUGACGCCCAGGACCCACGGGCGCAUCAACCACGUCUUUAACCACUUCGCCAAUGUGGAGUUCCUCUCUACCCUUUAUAGUCUGGAUGGAGACUGUAGACCCAACCUCAAGAGGAUUUGUGAAGGAAUCAAUAAGUUGCUAGAUGAGAAAGUCCUUUAAAUGCCUUCCCCCAUCCUGGACUUUGCUGCUUUAAAGUUACAUCACUCAACCAUGAUCUGGGUGAGAAUCAAGAACAUAAGCAGAAACCCUUGUCAAAGAUGUCCAUGUUCUGUCCUGUUCAUCCCUCCGAUGCUGAUUCUGAUGUUGAACUGAGCACAGGUGUGUUUUUCUUCUGCACUAUCCAGCAAGGUUUCUACUUAAAAUCACCUGUGUGCAAGCCCAAAGGACAUUUCAUCUAUUUCAAGCAGAAAGGCUGUUUUGUUCAUUACAGUGAGUGCAGUUCAUCUCAUGGAGUGGGAGGAGCACUAGACCAGGAGACAGAGGACAUGGAUUUGGUUUCCAGCUUAACCAGUUAGGACUGUGUCCUCUGCAUUCUGGAACCAUAAUGCCUGCCUGCCUCACAGGGUUGUUGUGAGGACCAGAUGAGAUGAUGUAUGUUCAUGCUUUUGGAAUCUCUAAUUUAAGGUCUUAAUAUUUUGUCUUCUGAGCAUGAGGGGAUAAACCUGGAUGUAGACUAUUAAGCAGCAUAAGGGAAAAGAACAAUAGAAUCUAAUGGACUGGGUUUGCAAUCUAUCUCUAAAUGUACUGCUUCAGACAAAGUGAAAUCCAAAGGUGUGAAAAAGUAUAGCUGCAAAUUGGAAAAAUGUGUUUCAAGAGUCGUCUUUUUGGCCAGGUGUGGUGGCCCACACCUGUAAUCCCAGCACUUUGGGAGGCUGAGGCGGGCAGAUUGCCUGAGGUCAGGAGUUCGAGACCAGCCUGGCCAACAUGAUGAAACCCUAUCUCUACUAAAAUUACAAAAAGUAGCCAGGCGUGGUGGCGCAUGCCUGUAAUCCCAGCUACUCAGGAGGCUGAGGCAGGAGAAUUGUUUGAACCCAGGAGAUGGAGGCUGUAGUGAGCUGAGACCAUGCCACGGCACUCCAGCCUGGGCAACAGAGCAAGACUCUUGUCUCUAAAAAAAAAUGAUAAUAAUAAUAAUAAAAAGAGGUGUUUUUUGAGGUCUUAGAUGUUCAGGUUUAUGAUCCUGCAGAGGGAAACUUUCCAUGGGGGGUGGGGAGAGAGAGUUUUCCAUCCACAACACAGAAACACUGUGCUCCUUCUGCAGGACCGGCCUUCCCUUAUCUAAGGGGCAUGGAGCUCAGGGAGGCUUUAUUCCAUACGUGCAGGAGAAUCAGGCAGAAUUAACCCCUACCCAUCUUUCUUGGCCUUUCACAGUCAUUUUGUGCUAUUUUCUCUGGUUCAUUAAUAAAUUGAAACUACCCUCCAAA